GAGGUUGUCAGACGACAGCCUCACAUUUGUGUCCUACCUGUGGCGACUAGGUUUGGGAUUACCUGUUGAGAAAAAUUUUGUUUACCUCAUUGUAGCGGAGAAAUAAAGUAACAUUUAGUCGAUAAAUACAGUUAGGGUGUUAAACUCUCAGAAAAUGAAAAUUUUAAAAUUAAUUUCUUUGAUGAGCGUGAUUAGUUUAGUGAGGUGUGACGAGGGUUCAGAAACAGGGCGGCUGGAUGUGUUUCAUAAGGUGUUAGCUGUAUCAGGAAACAGCGAUGUGUUGUCUGUAAGUGAUCUCGCGAGUUUUGUGGAUAAAAUAUUUCAACACUUGGAGUGCGCUGACCACGAUCAUCAACAUCAGGAUAAAUUACCAGGGAAUACACACUCAUGCGACACCGUUUUGUGUGUGGACGUGGACGGGCUGGUGUUGGCUGUCCAGACGGACAACACCACUGGCCUGACUGAGGCGGAGUUCUGGGACGCCUCCACCCUCCUCCUUCAUUACGUCACAGAGGUCAAGCAGACGUGCCACAAGCACGUGACUCCCGGCCAGCAGUCCCUGCCACAGGCAACACAACACCUGCUUUCUCUGACGUCCGCCGGCGGCCCUGCAGGUAUCACAUCGGCAGGUGUCAGCGCCCUCCUGCAGACGUUUCAGCAUUUGAUAGCCGAGGAAGAUGACAACCACGCUGCCCACAACCAUAGUGACAACCACCACAACCACAGACACAGACGGCACGACCACGACCACAAGGAUGACCACAAGGAUGACCACGACCAAGAUCAAGAGCAUGACCACGAGGAUGAAGAUCUGUCCCCCCUAAUUAUUCAAGAAAAGUGUAUGAGCAGUGAUUCGGUGAUGUACUACCUCAGGGGAGACGACUCUGGUCACGUGAACAAGUCCAGGCUAGGAGAGUUGUCGGCCCUUGUCUUGUACCUGAUCUCACGCGGGUCAGAGGUCAAGGACAAAUGUCGUCUGGUGCCCAACAAAAAUGAAUUCGUCCAACACAUUUUUACAGUCUAUGGCACGGGAGGCAAUUUAACAACUGAUGGCUUGAAGACCUUGAUGGGGAAGUUGAACAUUGACCCAAACAGCACGCACGCAGACGAGCACAGUGGUCACGUGCACAGAGAGAGGCGUCACGCCCCAGCUGAGCACCCGGGGGCACGGGACCGCCGCCAGGCUAGUAUCUCUCAGGAGCUGACCAAGUGCUACACCGCCCACCAGAUCGCUGCCCUCUAUGAAACAGACCGAGCCAUCGACAAGGCCAGCUUCGAGCAGCUGUGCCCAGCUCUGCUCAGUCAACAGCUGUUCGCGGACUGCACAGCUGCAGCCGUGGGGCAGAAGGCGGAGGUCUCUCUGGCAGAAAAGUACGGCUACGGGAGUGUGGCUAUUUUUGUCAUCUGUCUGUGCGCCAUAUUUGGUGUGGUCGUCAUCCCCUGCGCUUCCGGUGCCGUGAAGAACGUCAUCAUGUCCACCUUCGUCGGUCUGGCCGUGGGCACGCUGUUUGCCGACGCCAUCUUGCACCUGAUACCCAUGGCAAUGGGCGCCCACUCUCACGGUCCAGACGAGCACGCAGGUCACCAACAUGGCGACCAGAUCGUGGUCGAGAAAUAUGUUUUCUACGGGCUGGGAAUCAUGGGAGGUCUGUACCUGUUUUACCUGCUGGAGACAAUGUGGUCACGGUGUGGCAACCAUACGCACAGUCAUGGAGGAGACGAUACGACUGACGCCGACAUGCAGAUGUAUGCCAGUAACUUCACUAAACCUGACCAAGAUGAAUCCAGCCUGUACACAGGUAGACAGUCAGGAAGCAUGUACGUCAUCAAUGAAGAGAAGCAGACGAUUGUUGGACAAGAGAAGGGCAAUCUUAUUUCUGGCAUCAAACCCGUCGUCUUCAUGAUCGUCAUAGGGGACGCCAUCCACAACUUCGCAGACGGCCUUGCCAUUGGCGCGGCCUUCACCGCCAGCGUGUCUGUCGGCAUCGCGACCUCUAUAGCUGUCUUCUGCCACGAGCUGCCUCACGAACUAGGUGACUUUGCCGUGCUGCUCCAGUCCGGCCUGAACUUCAAGAAAGCCUUACUGCUCAACUUCCUGUCCGCCCUGACGGCGUUCAUUGGCCUGUACGUGGGGCUGGUGGUGUCUACAACAGACGAGGUCAGGAACUGGAUCUUCGCGGUCACGGCCGGCAUGUUCGUCUACAUCGCCCUGGUCGAUCUGCUCCCACAGCUGAUCAAGACUUCCGGGUCCUUGAACUUUGUCCUCAACAAUGUCGGCAUCCUGCUGGGUUUCGCCAUCAUGUUGCUCAUCGCAAUCUUUGAGGAGCACAUCAAAAUCUGAGUGGCUGAACUUGACAGUGGAAACUUGACAUUGGAAACUUGACAGUGGAAACUUGACAUUGGAAACUUGACUUUAGAAACUUGACAACACAACCUAGACACAUCAAGAUCUGAGUGGCUGAACUUGACAUUAAAAUCUUGACAUUGGAAACUUGACAACCUUUACACAUCAAGAUCUAAGUGGCUAAACUUGACAGUGGAAACUUGACAUUAGAAACUUGACUUUAGAAACUUGACAUUAGAAACUUAACAUUAGAAAUUUUACAACACAACCUAGAUACACCAAGAUCUGAGUGGCGAAACUUGACAUUGGAAACUUGACAUUAGAAACUUGACUUUAGAAACUUGACUUUAGAAACUUGACAACCUAGACACAUCAAGAUCUGAUUGGCUAAACUUGACAUUAGAAACUUGACAUUAGAAACUUGACUUUAGAAACUUGACAUUAGAAACUUGACAACCUAGACACAUCAAGAUCUGAGUGGCUGAACUUGACAUUAGAAACUUGACAUUAGAAACUUGACAACCUAGACACAUCAAGAUAUGAGUGGCGAAACUUGACAUUAGAAACUUGACAUUGGAAACUUGACUUUAGAAACUUGACUUUAGAAACUUGACAACACAACCUAGACACAUCAAGAUCUGAGAGUCAAUACGAACAUUGUGAUACUUGUCAAAAAACGCAGACGAGCGAGGAACUCGCCUUAAAGAAAAUUAAGAAAACGAAAGAUGAUCCCGGUUUUACGAAAACGUUUUGAGAUUCAUUGCAUGGUAUUGAAAGAUUUAAUAUUUUUAAUUUUAUUUUGAAAAAUAUGUACGUACAUUAUGUACAAUUAAAGUAAAUUAAAGGGUAAUAUUAUUGUUUAAUAUUGUUCUAAAGUAUUUUAAUGUAUUUAAAAUUAUUCCAUUAAAAAUGUUUUGUUAAUAAUAAUCACAAAUGAAUUACGUUUGAUUACAUUUAUUGUCUAUAGAAAUGUUUUUUUAAAAAAAUUAGAUUUAUUUCAAAUAAUUUAAUAAUAUUUAAACAAUUUUUAAUAUUUAAAAUAAUUGACAAUGUAAUUAUGUUUAUUUAAAAAAAAUGCAUUUAUUUUCUAGAACUGUUUAAAACUUUAAAGUCCCAAGUUGUGAAACGAAAUAUUUAAAAAUGUCUUUCUGACAUUAUUUUUGUAGAUUACUACUGUUUUCCCGUUUUGUUUUGGUUAUUAGUAUAACCCAACUCGUGGGUUUUCUAGUUGGCGCUCAAUGCUUCAACUCACGGCGUGUUGUGAGACAUGUUUUGAUCCCAUUUAAGUGACUGGCCUCUGUCAAAGGAAUGACUGGGUCGGGCGGUGGAGUACGAAGAUAGCUCGACUCUACUUUACCUGCCCUGAAAGGGUAGCUUUAAUUUUUCUUUCUUCUUAAAAUGAUUGUUAUUCCGUUUUCGUAAUUUAUUUUUAAACAGUAAAAUGUUUGUACAUAAUACAUUUUUGUAAAUAAGAAUGUACAUUUAUAUUUCCAGAUAGUAGAAAUAAA